AGUUCCGUCUUAGAGAACCAGUGAGCGAUGCAUGGAGCAGACCUGUAGCCACCUUACAUCAUCUUCAACAUGAAGUCAGUCACAGUGUCAAUACUUCUGACCCUGGCUCUUUGCCUCAUUCAAGAUGCUGCCAGUGAAGAUGCAAAUCAGGAAACAUGCAGUGGAUUUCAAGACUUGAUGAAAAAUGGAAAAUUGUUCUGUUCUAAGGAUAAAAAACUUUUUCAAAGCCCUCAAGGAAAAUUGCUCUUCAACAAAUGUGUCACAUGCAAAAUGAUACUGGAAAAAGAAGCAAAAUCUCAGAAAAGAACUGGGCAUUUAGUGAAAGCCACUGCCCCAACAGAGCUGAAUUGCAGUGAUUUCCAGAAAGGAGAAAAAGAUGGGGAUUUUAUCUGUACUGCUGAUGAUGCUGCAGUUUGUGGCACAGAUGGGAAAACAUACCGCAACAGAUGUGAACUGUGUGCUGAGAAUCAGAAGACCAGCUCCCAAGUUGGCAUAAAAAGCGAGGGAAAAUGUGAAAGCAGUAAUCCAGAACAGGAUGUAUGCAGUGCUUUUCGGGCCUAUGUGAAAGAUGGAAGACUUGGAUGCACAAGAGAAAACGAUCCAGUUCUUGGUCCUGAUGGGCGAACACAUGGCAAUAAGUGUGCAAUGUGUGCUGAGCUCUUUUUGAAAGAAGCUGCAGAAAAUGCCAAGCGAGAAGGUGAAAAUAGAAUUCGAAGAAAUGCUGAAAAGGACCUCUGCAAGGAAUUUGAGAACCAAGUGAGGAAUGGGAGACUCUUUUGUACACGAGAGAGUGACCCCAUCCGUGGCCCUGACGGCAGGAUGCAUGGCAACAAAUGUGCGCUGUGUGCUGAAGUUUUCUUGAGGAACUUUUCUGAAGAAAAAAAUAAAUCAGAUCAAAAUCUGAUUGAGAAUGAAGAAAAUGUUAAAGUUAAAAGAGAAAUUGAGAAACAAUGCAGUGAAUAUCGAGAUCAUGCAAAGAAGGGGAUACUUUUCUGUACCAGAGAAAAUGACCCUGUUCGUGGUCUAGAUGGAAAAAUGCAUGGCAACCUGUGCUCCAUGUGCCAAGCCUUCUUCCAACAAGAAGCUGAAGAAAAGAAAAAGGCUGAAGCCCAAGCAAGAAACAAAAGAGGAUCCGAAAAAUCACCUUCAUAUGAAGAACUUUGCAGUGAAUAUCGACAGUUGGUGAGGGAUGGGAGACUCCCCUGCACCAGAGAGAAUGACCCCAUUCAGGGCCCAGAUGGGAAAAUGCAUGGCAACACCUGCUCCAUGUGUCAGGCCUUCUUUAAACAAGAAGAAAAAUCAACAGCAAAAGAAAAAAGGGAAGCUGCAAAGGAAAUCUGCAGGGAAUUCCGGAACUACGUGAGAAAUGGACUGCUCAUAUGCACCAGGGAGCAUAACCCCGUUUUUGGCCCAGAUGGCAAAAUUCACGGAAACAAGUGUUCCAUGUGUUCUAGUGUGUUCAUGCUUGAAGAAGAGGAGAAGAAAAAACAUAACGAAGAAGAAACAGAGAAAGUUGAGGCUGAAAAAGUUAAGAGAGAAGCCGUGGAGAAGCUGUGCAGUGAAUACCGUCAGUAUGUGAAGGAUGGGCGGCUCCCCUGCACCAGAGAGAAUGACCCCAUUGAGGGCCUGGAUGGGAAAAUCCACGGCAACACUUGCUCCAUGUGUGAGGCCUUCUUCCUGCAAGAAGCAAAAGAAAAAGAUAAUGAAUCCAGAGAAAAAAUUAAAAGAGAAACUGAAAAGGAUAACUGUAGUGAAUUUCGGAGCCUUUUACAAAAUGGAACUCUAUUUUGUACACGAGAAAACGAUCCUGUGCGUGGCCCAGAUGGCAAGACCCAUGGCAAUAAGUGUGCCAUGUGCAAGGCAGUCUUCAAGAAGGAAAACGAAGAAAGAAAGAAGAAAGAAGAGGAUGAUCAGAGAAAUUCUGCAGGACAAGAUUCUAAUAGUGGAGGAGGGAAAGCUCAAGAUCCAUGUGCUGAGUAUCGGGAUCAUAUGCAAAAUGGAAAACUCAGCUGUACUCGGGAGAGUGAUCCUGUACGUGGUGCUGACGGGAAAUCAUACAACAACAAAUGUGCCAUGUGUAAAGAGCUACUGCAAAAAGAAGUAGAGGAAAAAGAAAAGAAUUCUGGCGUCAGAUCAAAUGAGACUGGAUCAGAGUCAGGAAAGGAUGUAUGUGAUGAGUUUAGAAGCCAACUAAAAAAUGGACAACUCAUUUGCACUCGAGAGAGCGACCCCGUCCGGGGUCCUGAUGGCAAGACACAUGGCAAUAAAUGUGCCAUGUGUAAGGAGAGGCUGGAAAAGGAAGCAGCUGAGAAAAAAAAGAAAGAAGAUGAAGAAAAGAAAAAUACAGGGGAAAAGAACAACAACAAGGAGGAUCUGUGUUAUGAAUUCCGGAGCAAGCAGAAAGAUGGAAAGCUUGUCUGCACCAGAGAAAAUAACCCUGUUCGAGGCCCAGAUGGCAAGAUGCAUGUCAACAAGUGUGCCAUGUGUCUGAGCGUCUUUGAGCGAGAAGCCAGUGAAAGAAAAAAUGAUAAAGAGUCAAGUUCCAAGCCUUCAAACAAGCCUUCAAAUGAUGCAAAGGACCAGUGCAGAGAGGUUCAGAAUGAAGCAGAGGAUGCAAAGUUUAGACAGUCUGGGAGUACCUUGGCUUCUGUUGCCAGGAUCAGAGCAGAUGAGUGCAGUGAGUUUCGGAAACACUUGAGGAAUGGAGAGCUCAUCUGUACCCGAGAGCAUGACCCCGUCCGUGGCGAUGAUGGAAAGUUCUACAGAAACAAGUGCCACAAGUGCAGAGCUGUCUUUCAAGAAGAAAUGUUUGAAAGGGUAAAACUUCGUAAAAUGUCAUUCCACAUUAGAGCUUCCGAAGAGGAAAACAGCCCAGGUUCGCCCAAUUCUUCUCUGGAUUCCGAGAUGUGCAAACAGUACCGAGUGCUGCCAAGGAUGGGUUUUCUUUGCCCAAAGGAUUUACAGCCUGUCUGUGGUGAUGAUGGACAAACAUAUAACAACCCUUGUAUGCUCUGUCAUGAAAACCUGAUGCGUCAAAUGAAUAUACACAUACGUAGUGAAGGGAAGUGUGAGGAAAGCAGCAUCCCAGAAACCCCUGUGGACGCACAGGCAUCUGACAAAUGAUUCAAGGAUUGGUGGAUGCAAUGAGGGAAAAAAUAUGCCCUAAAUUCUGAACGUCCUACCUUCGUCAUCUGUAUAUAUAAAGAAUGCUUCAGAGUUCUUCUUAUUUACUAUAGAAAACAAUGCAGAGCUGUUGGGACUGGACCCACUGAUUUUCAGUCUUUUUCCAUCUCUUUCCUCCUAGACACUGUGGUCUUAGAGCACACAGAAAUCCCCACCUGGUCUGUGCUCUGAAAAUGCCCUGAUCACAAUGUUGUCUGUCCAACUGCCUGUUUAAUAAAAGUAGACUCCGCAGAACACCCUUUGGGGGAUUCCUUUGUCACUGCCUAAGAUAAAAGGAACCUUUUUUUUUAUUUUUUACAGAAGCUGGAUAAACUCUACCCUUUUGUCUUGCUAAUAAACUCACUGGUAGACAGACUA